UGAAGGGGGACAAACAUUUGCCCCGACAAUGCCUCUAUGAUGAAUGUCGCUCGCCUUUGUGGACUCCCUGAAAUGACAAGACACAGAGGUUCGCUACGAUCCCAGUUUAGACGAUAAAGGAUGAAGCGAGUGAACCAUUUCUACUUGUUUCAUUCAAGUGCAUAAAUACAGCAUUUAUAGCCGAACCUGCUGUGUAAGAAUCCAUGUGAGCUUGCAGUGGAUGGAUGUCUUCUUCUUUAAUUCCCCAAAGUUCCUCGCGGUGCUCGGCGACCGUGCUUUCCGCACACGACAUUUUCCACACGAUAGUAACGCAGCCGAAAGCCUAACGUCCUCCUCUCUCCUCUUAGUUAGCGGCUACCGAGCUAAGCGAGGUGCGGAAGCUUCGACGCGCGUGGAGGAGACGUUUGGAGCGAGCAACUGCGAUGUCACGGGCAACCCGAUGCCAUCACCAUGGAGUCACACUGAGCAGGGAACACCGGUUCCCCGAGCGCUGCGGGACUGACUGUGGCAUGAUCAAGCAGCGAGGGAAAAGAUGGCAAUUCCUGGCCUUAUAUUCUUUCCCUCUGUCAGGCUCUGUGUUGUUUGGGUGUCGUUUGCUCGGAUCUGCACUUCUUUGAUGGGAUGCUGUGGAUGCCAAAUGGAUGCUGAUGGCGCGCGCGCGCUGGUUAGAACGCACGUUGCCUCACAGUCAGUCCUGUGGUGUAGGGGUCCUGCGUGGCUUUCCUUCCUUGCAUUGUAGGCCGAUUGCCCGCCCGCCCGCCCGCUCGCUCUAAAUCGACCAGAUGUUAAUAUCAAUAUAGAAAACUAUAGUAUUCAUUUUAAUCAUAUAGUUUUGAAAUAACCAAUUUCCUUUGUCUUUUGACCCUCACGCUUCGCCUUACUGUCAUCCAAGAUGGCGGCCAGCGUGCAUGCGCAGUGAUCAUUUAAAUGAAAGCACAGUGAACGUUGCCGCUCCUCGAUUGGAGCCGAUCGCCCGCGUCUAAAUGUUUGAUCGGUUUCACCUUUUGCUGCAAAUUUUUUUCACUUUCACCAAGUGAUCGUUGCUGCCAUCGAAGGCGGACAGAACAUCGCAGUUUAUUACAAGCUCUUCUCCGUGGGUUUUGACGUCUAUCUAUCUAUCCGGCCGGCCGGCCGGCCAGCUAGCUUAGCUUGUUAGCCGCCAGUGCCUGUGGCCGGCGGGCCAGCCAACAAAGUGGCCCGGAUAGGAGGAGCAGAAGCCCGCCCCCCAUGGAAGCGCACACAGCAGAUGUCCAGCGGUGGCAGCAGCCGCCGCCGCCUCAUAGUCCCGCAGGUCUGCCCACUCAGGAACAGGACGAGGAGCGGCCGGUGGCCCGCCGCUUUAAAGACGAAGAGGAAGAAGUGGACGUGAGCCGGCAGGAGGAGCGGCCGCGAGGUGCGGACGGCCAGGAGCGGGCGGACACGUGCGACUUCCCGGUGAUUCGCGUGGUGGUGAAGAGCGAAGACGAAGACGGCGUCCAAACGGAGGCGGCGCCCGCGCAAAGCUCUCAAGGCGACUGGCAAAAUCAGCCAGGCGGCUGGAAAUGUCCCCGAUGCGACCAAAGGUUCGCCCUGGAGUCGGACUUGAAGACGCACGUCACGCAAAGUCACGCGCGAGCAAAAGCGUUCGGCUGCUCGUUGUGCGCUAAAAGCUUCACUCAAAGGGGCACCUUGACCAUCCACAUGAGGAAGCACACCGGGGAAAAGCCUUACCCGUGCCCGGCGUGCGACAUGACUUUCCGAGAUCGCUCCACCAUGGUCAAACACACGCAAACGCACACGGGGGAAAAAGCCUUUGCGUGCGCCGUUUGCGCUCAAAGCUUUGCCAGAAAGAGUAAUUUGAAGGAGCACGGCAAAACGCACAGCGGCGAGAAACCUUUUGCCUGCUCAAUCUGCGCAAAAGGCUUUGCCAAAAAUAUCAAUUUGAAAGCCCACAUGCGAAUCCACAGCGGAGAGAAGCCCUUCUCGUGCUCGCUGUGCGACAUGACCUUUCGCUUUCGCUCGUCAUUGAUCCCGCACAUGAGGACGCACACCGGCGACAACUUCACCUGCUCCUUUUGCGGCAAAAUCUUCUCCAGGAUGAUGAGUUUGAUGGAGCACACCCGAAUUCACACGGGAGAGAAGCCUUUCUCCUGUUCCGUCUGCAACAUGACCUUUCGGCUGCAGUCCACCAUCGCCAACCACAUGAAAACGCACAGCGGAGAGAAACCUUUUGCAUGCUCCGUGUGCAACUCCCGCUUUACGCUUCAAGCCACCAUGUUGAGACACAUGCGAACGCACACUGGGGAGAAACCCUUCUGUUGCCACCUGUGCGGGGACAACUUUGCUUACAAGUAUCAGCUCAACAAGCACAAGUGUGUCGUCGGGGAGGGCAGCGGUGGCUCCGUUUGACUCCCACGCCAAAUGGCGGCGGCGUUCUGUCCGUCCCAUCGGAAGCAAACCAGAUGCACCGGCGACUGCAAAGGCCUACCGCUCUGACACACACACACACACACGUUUGCUGGUGUUUUGAAUAAAUAGUGACACGCAUUUAUGGGAAGACAGAAAUCAGCGCAAAGUGAUCCUUUGCAACGCUUUCAACUGCAGCAGCUGCCACUUUGAAAGUCGCUCCCAGAACAAAACAGCAUAGUUAUGCUUGUGAUGCAAUCAGUUUCAUGAUGCAAUGUUUCCAGACAUUUGCCACAUGCAGCAUUUUAUGCAGCGCUUCAACAAAUCCCUUCGCAAACCCAAUUGUCACAGAUCAGGUCUGUAAGGAACCUGAUCUUUUUUUUGUACGCCAGCUUUCAGACUUGCGUGGCAACGGCCAAUUUGGUUUUCCUAGCAGUGUCGUGCAGUACGAUGCAAAUGUGGGCAGGAUUAAAUAUAUAUAUAUAUAUGAGAUCACUUUCUUCCACUUACAAAAUGAGUGGAUGGA